CGCUGACAUCUAUUGUAUAUUGCCAGUCAGUUCCUCAGUGAAGGAGUUUUUUUGACUGCAUAGCUGAUACAAUGCUUGGACGCGCAGUGGACGACAUUUCCACAGGCUCGGAUUCUGAAUACUCUAAUUCGUGGAUCUCUUGGUUUCUUUCAUCCAAGGGCAACGAAUAUUUCUGCGAAGUCGAAGAGGACUAUAUCCUAGAUAGAUUCAAUCUCACUGGCCUCAACAACGAAGUUUCAAACUAUGCACAAGCGCUCGAUUUAAUCACGGAUAAUCUCGACGACGAUAUACAAGACGAGCUACGUGGUGCGCUCGAUGUCCAGGCCCGUUUGUUGUAUGGUCUAAUCCAUGCUCGAUGGAUUGUUACUGCCCGCGGACUGGCUAAAAUGCUCGACAAAUUCAAGCGAGUGGAUUUUGGUCGGUGCCCACGAGUACUCUGUCAAUCCCAGCCACUGCUACCAGUAGGCCUCAGUGAUACACCCUACGAAAAGUCAGUGAAGUUGUACUGCGGUCGAUGCGAAGACGUCUACUCUCCCAAAUCGUCGCGCCAUGGCUCCAUUGAUGGCGCUUACUUUGGCACGUCCUUCCCUCACCUCUUGUUCCUCGUAUACCCCAGUCUUCUUCCGCCGAAAUCUGGUCCUGUUGAUCCUACUCCAACCUCCCGUGGUAUUGAAAACGACUCCAGCAGAAAAAGUAGGAGAGUUAAGGAAGAACCUGAAAUUUCCGAGGGUGUCGGAGAGACAGCCAGCACUGCGAGUGUUGCAUUGAAAGCAGAAAGAUAUCGACCGAGGAUAUAUGGUUUUCAGCUGAAUGAGACUGCAAAGUUGCAGAGAUGGCAAGAGGCUGUUCGUGACAGGCAAAUAAUACGCCUCGAAGCGCUCGAGGACCUCAGUUAAAUUAUUUGUUUUACUUCUUUGAAUUGUGAUCAUAUCAUAUCAUUAAUUGGGCUUGUUAUGUUGGAAUCCGUGUCCUGAGCAGCGUCAGCAAACUUCCAAAGAGAGUUCUCGCAAAUGAAA